GGGCACUCUCCUAGAACCUUUUAUCCCUGCCACGGUAGAAAAUUAUGCAUAUAUUUGUUUGCCCCUUGACCUAAACCGACCUUAAAAUGUAAAUGGUAAAAACCAAUGCCGAAAGGGCUAUAAAGUUUGUCCAGAAAUUUGUUACAGGAUUCUCUUGGUUCAUCGGCUUUACUAAAUUUCUCUCGCCACCGCCAUAAAGAAAGAACUUCACCGCUUCUCCAAAGCUAAACAUUGUUUGGAAUAAUUAAUUGCGUAAUGGGCUGAGAAAGCUUUUAGCGGGGUUGCAUUCUUUUAUGGAAACACGCAGUCGAAAACGAGCAGAGGCCACAGCAAAAAGGCCAUCCUCUGCCCAAUCAUCACCGUGUGCAAACAAGCGAGCUCGCCUUUCCUCUUCCACAUUUGCAUCUUCUGCUGCUUCUUUUCCAACUUCUCCUCGUGCACGCCUACCAAUAAGAUCUGUCUCUAGUCCUGUGAUUGCAAGUUUUCAUCCUGAAUUAACUGGUAUUGAUUUGGAAAUGGAGUCAUCUUCCAGUUCAGCAAGGAAAAGAGAUCAUGAGGACAAGGAGAUUGAAAAGGGUAAGGAGAAAGAAAGAAGAGGGGGCUAUAGUGAUGACAAUUCAGAUGAAGAUGAAGGUGUUGGCAGUCCUCACCAUAAUGUCACCACUACUGCAAGCAGUGCACUGAAGGGCCUUCUCAGGAAACUUGGGGCUGGGCUGGAUGACCUUUUGCCACCACCUAUGCCCUUUUCACAGCAGAGCAGUCGCCUGAAAAGAAUUUUAUCUGGUUUGAGAGCUGAGGGUGAGGUUGGUCGUCAGAUUGAGGCGCUCACUCAGCUAUGUGAGAUGUUAUCCAUUGCAACUGAGGAUUCGUUGAGCAGUUUUUCAGUUGAUUCAUUUGUUCCAGUGCUGGUGGCUUUACUGAACCAUGAGGGCGAUCCUGAUGUAAUGCUUCUUGCUGCUAGAGCAUUGACUCACCUCUGUGAAGUGCUUCCUCAAGCCUGUGCAUCAGUUGUUCAUUAUGGUGCGGUACCUUCUUUUUGUGCUCGUUUGCUAACUAUUGAGUAUAUGGAUUUGGCAGAACAGUCCUUGGAAGCACUGGAGAAAAUAUCUCAUGAGCAUCCUGCUGCCUGCCUUCGUGCUGGUGGUCUUAUGGCAGUGCUGUCUUAUUUGGACUUCUUCUCCACUGGUGUUCAGAGAGUAGCAUUAUCCACUGCUGCAAACAUUUGCAAGAAGCUUCCUUCUGAUGCGGCAGAUUUUUUAAUGGAAGCUGUCCCGAUAUUAACAAAUCUUCUUCAGUAUAACGACUCCAAGGUGGUAGAACACGCAUCUAUUUGCUUGACACGAAUUGCAGAAUCAUUUGCAUCUUCUUCUGAUAAGUUGGAUGAACUCUGUAAUCAUGGAUUGGUAGCACAAGCAGUAAGACUUGUAUCUGUGAGUAAUUCAGGAGCUGGCCAGACAUCUUUGAGUGCACCAACUUACACGGGGUUGAUUAGGCUUCUCUCCACAUUUGCUGGUGGGUCUGCAUUAGCUGCCAAGACUCUUUUUGACCUUAAUAUAAGUCAUAUUCUUAGAGAUGUUCUAGCUGCUUCUAGUUUUGUUUCUGGGAUUUCAGCUUCACCUGCACUGAACAGACCUCCUGAUCAGACAUAUGAAAUUGUAACCCUAUUGAACGAGCUUCUUCCACCCUUGGCUGAAGGGACAAUAUCUCUUCCUGUAAGUCAUACUACGGAUACUAAGUGCUCCUCAAGAAAAAAUGUAUUGGACAAUAAUGCAGGAAAGAUAGAUGAUAUGAAUGAAACAAUGGCAGAAAUGUCUGCUCGUGAAAAGCUGUUGCGCGAUCAACCAGAACUUCUGGUACAUUUUGGGAUUGAUAUUUUACCAGUCCUGGUCCAGGUAUAUGGCUCAAGCGUGAGGUCUGCUGUUCGACACAAGUGUAUUGCUGUUAUCAGCAAGUUGGUGUAUUUUAGCACUUCUGAUAUGCUGACAUCUCUACUUCGCGAGACAAACAUAUCAAGCUUUUUGGCUGGAGUUCUAGGAUCGAAAGAUCCGUAUGUUUUGAUUCCUGCUCUUCAGAUAGCAGACAUUCUUAUACAAAAGCUUCCUGAUACUUUUUCAAAGAUGUUUGUCAAGGAAGGCGUUCUUCAUGCAGUUGAUACCCUUAUAUCAGCAGAUAUGUCUGGUUCAGUUUCUGCACAGGCAUUUACCCCAGGGAAGGAUGAAAUAUCGGAAUCGGCUUUGCCAAAUUCCACAGGUACUAUAAUGCCCUUGGAUGAAUCAAAUAGUAAAGCAGUUGGAAAGGAAGAAUAUAAAGGCUCAAAUGUUGGAAGGUGUAGUUCACCUUCUGGAGAGGCAAUGAUUCCUAUCAUUAAGUCAGAUAUGUGGGCUACUGUUGGUACUCAUGCAAAACAUUUCAAAGAUACAUACUUCCCAGCAGAUUCAGAGAUUGUUGAUGGAGGAAUGACAGAGUCUCUGCGCAAGUUGAAAACAAUUUGCAUGAAGUUAAAUGAUGAAUUGCAAGGUAAUGAUAAAGUGGUAGAGAUUGUUUCUACUGACGAAGAACGCAUGUUGUUGCUUGUAGCAGAGAUGCUUUCAGAACUUGUUAAAGGCGAUGGUGUUUCAACUUUUGAGUUUGUCGGAAGUGGGGUCAUUCCAUCAUUACUCAAUUAUUUUUCAUAUGGAGCUUUGUCUAAGCAGAAUAUGACAGAAGCAGAGUCAACAAAAGUUUUUCGCAACGCAUUGAAUAGGUUCAAGUUGUUUAUCAGGCUUACUCUUCCUCUGAAUGGUGAGGAUGGGAGGGAAGCUCCGUUAACAAUCUUGGUUCAUAAACUGCAAAAUGCAUUAUCUUCCUUAGAACGCUUUCCUGUUAUCCUAAGCCAUUCUCAGAGAUUACGUGGGGGGAAUGCAAGUUUAUCAGGACUCAGUGCAUUACGCCAACCUGUUAAACUGCGUCUGUGUAGAGGAGAAGGAGAAACAUCUCUUCGAGAUUACUCAUCAAAUGUUGUACUCAUUGAUUCUUUGGCUAAUCUUGCUGCUGUUGAGGAAUUUCUUUGGCCUAGAGUUCAAAGAGGUGAGGCAGACUUAAAAACUUCUUCAAAUUUAAUCCCUUCAGAUAGUUGUGGUGCCCAGGCUGGAACAACUGACACAUCUCCAACAUCAUCUGCACCAGUUUCUGAAGAACGGUCUGUUUCAAACAGACACAGUGGAAGUUCUGCCACCAAGGACUUAGAGGGAGCAAGUGCAAGCUCAUCAAAGGGAAAGGAAAAAGCUGUUUCAAAAUGUGUCAUAGAGGAAACUAAGGCUGCAAAAUCAAGGAAUAAUACUCGUAUGAGAGUGUCUGAUGGAGCAUCACAAUUGAGCCAACAUCCUAGUGAGUCUGUUGCUGAGGAAGAAGAACUCGAUGGAUCUCCUGCUGAACUUGAUGACUCUGUACCAAUGGAAGAAGAAAUUUCUGAAGAUGAAGAUGAUGAUUAUGAAGGACACUUAGAUGAACGCAUGCUAUAUGGAGAGGAACAGCCCUCAUCGUCUGUAACAGAAAGGGUGCAUGCCGUACAAUUAGGGGAUCACAUGGAUGAGAGUGCCACAAUGAUUGCCACCACUGUAGAAAUUGCAAAUGCAUCUCAACCGCCUUCCAGAGUUGAUAGCAGAUCUGCUUUGUUUGAAAGUCGUGAAGGCAGUGAGUUCUUAAGAAGUGCUUCUUUAUUUCCAAGAGGAUCAUUAUCCUUUGCUAGGGCUGCUAUGUCUGGGCUUUUAUCUGUUGGUGGCAGGAGUGCCCGAGGGAGUAGAGGUUUCCGGACCCUGCCAAUGGCAGACCCAGCCAUGACUCCCUCUAGAUUGGAUUUUUUCAUAGGUGGAAAGAAAGUAGACAGAUCACUAACAAUUUAUCAAGCAAUUCAGCGGCAGGCAGUAGCAGAUGAAGAUAGUACAGUUUCAGCUCAUGCUCCUGUUGAGGGUCGUAGACUUUGGGAUGAAGUUUACUCUAUCACAUAUCGAAUUGUUACCCCUCCAGAAGAAAAAACUUGUGCAGGAGUAUCGGGAACUUCUUCCAGCAAGUCUGCUGAGGAUUCCCCGACUGACAGCUCAAGUAUUAAAGCUUCAUUGAAAGAAACAUCAUUUUUAGGUAGCAUUUUACAAGGAAAGCUUCCUUGUGACCUAGAAAAGUCAAACUGUACAUAUGAUAUUCUAUUGUUGCUUCGUGUUCUGGAAGGUCUCAAUCGAUUAGCUCCUCGUCUAAGAGCUGAAGAGGCAUCAGAUGCAUUUGCAGAAGGGAAAAUCACUAGCUUUGAAGAACUAAAAGUGAAAGGUCCUACAGUCCCUCAAAAUGACUUUUUAAGUGGCAAGUUGACACCCAAAUUGGCACGGCAAAUGCAGGAUCCUCUGGCGCUUUGCAGUGGUGGCCUUCCUUCUUGGUGUCAUCAGCUAACCAAAGCAUGUCCCUUCUUAUUUCCAUUUGAGAUAAGGAGGCAGUACUUUCAUUCAGCUUCCUUUGGGUCGUUGCGUGCCCUACAGCACUUACAGCAGCAACAGAGUGCUGAAAAUCCAAAUGCAACUAAUGAGCAAGGAUUACGAGUUGGUAGGUUGCAGCGUCAAAAGGUUCGUGUUUCAAGAAAUCGUAUACUAGAUUCAGCUAUGAAGGUAAUGGAACUGUAUUCUAGUCAGAAUUCAGUUCUUGAAGUGGAGUACUUUGAUGAGGUUGGCACGGGUCUAGGUCCAACUUUGGAGUUUUAUACACUUCUUAGCCAUGAAUUGCAAAAAGAUGCGCUUGGAAUGUGGAGGUCUAGUUCUUGUUCUAUAGAAGUUGCUUCAGGAGAAGACACUGAAAUGCAGGAUGUUCAACAGAAUGAAGAAUUUUCUCUCAUAAGUGAAGCCAGCGAAGAACCAAAAGUAGGCAAUCAAGAGUUUGUCCAAGCACCUCGAGGAUUAUUUCCUCGUCCAUGGCCACCUAAUGCAGAUUCCUUAUGUGGAAAACAGUUUUCUAAAGUAAUAGAUAAUUUUCGUCUGCUUGGACGUGUUAUGGCAAAAGCUCUUCAGGAUAGGCGGCUCCUCGAUUUGCCUUUUUCAACAGCUUUUUAUAAACUUGUCCUUGGGCAGGAGCUCGAUUUAUUUGAUAUUCAGUCUUUUGAUCUUGAACUGGGAACAACUUUACAAGAAAUACAAGCUCUUGUUCGUAGAAAGCAGUUCAUGGAGUCCCUGCACACUGACAAGAACUCUGCACAUGAUUUACAUUUUCGGAAUGCAAGAAUUGAGGAUCUUUGUCUUGAUUUUACUCUUCCAGGUUACUCUGAUUAUGUUCUCAAACCAGGAGGGAACAAUAUCAUGGUUGAUCUGGAGAAUUUAGAAGAGUAUCUUCAUUUAGCUGCAGAUGCAACUAUUAGAACAGGAGUCAUGCCACAAAUGGAAGCAUUCAGGGCUGGAUUUAAUGAGGUUUUCCCUUUGACAUCUUUGCACAUAUUUUCUGAAAGUGAACUGGAAUGUCUGCUAUGUGGUGGAAGUGAUUUAUGGACGGCUCAAUCACUUUUUGAGCACAUCAAAUUUGAUCAUGGUUACACAUCCAGCAGCCCACCCAUUAUAAAUCUGCUUGAGAUCAUAGGGGAAUUUACUCCUGAACAGAAACGGGCAUUUUUACAAUUUGUAACCGGAGCUCCCAGACUUCCUCCUGGAGGGUUAGCGGCAUUAAAUCCAAGAUUGACAAUUGUUCGGAAGCAUCCAACAGGAACAAAUGGAGGGUCGAAGGGAGCAAGUACUCAAGCGGCUGAUGGAGACUUGCCUAGUGUCAUGACAUGUGCCAAUUACCUUAAAUUGCCUCCUUACUCUAGCAAGGAAGUCAUGCAUGAUAGGUUGAUGUAUGCUAUAACAGAAGGACAAGGAUCCUUUGACCUCUCUUAAUCUGUGUUCUAGCUAUUGAGAGGAGGAGUUGUGUGGUGCUUGGACAACUUCGCCUUCAAUUAAAAUGCAAUUUUUGAACAUUCCCAGUGACAUAAAGUGGAAUGUUCAACUCAAUUCCAUGUAAAUCUCCUCGACUUAUUUCCAAAAUGGAGAUCCUUUUCUCUUAUAUCUUCUGGGGUUUAGAUCGACAAUCUUAACCACUGCAAGUUUUACUGGUGACAAGUCUGAUUCCCAUUUACUGCAGUUGACUGCAUUGUUGGAAGUGGAAUCAGUCAAUUGCAUAAAAUGUGCUGUGCAUUAUAUGCGUCUCUUGUAAAUUUUUAUUUGCCUCCUAGUUACAUUUUGGGAAUUAUUUAUGUGCAUACCAAAUUUCGCAAGGCAAAAACUUGUUUAGUCUUCUGUGCUCCGUUUGAGCAUUUUCAUCAAAGUUUAUUGUACAUAAUUGAAAAUUAAUUUUAAAUAAGAAUGCUUUUUUAACUUUUC